AUGUUUAAGGAUAAGCAGGAAAAAGACAGAAUAUAUGUCAACCGAAUUGGAUGGCGACCAGCAAACCACAAUCAAAUUAGGGGGAGGAAACAUCAAAAGGGUCCAUUAAUUCAAGUACCUUGCUCAGUGAUUGACAAUGAGGGGAACAUGGAAGAGGAAAUUAACAACCGGAUUCAGUGUGGUUGGAACAACUGGAGGAAGGUGUCCAGCGUCAUAUGUGAUAGUAAAGUCCCUAUAAGAUUAAUGGGCAGAGUGCACAAGGCAGAGGUCAGACCAGCAAUGACAUUUGGAUUUUGGAUUAGAAGCAGCACCACUAAAGAAAACAGAGGGCAGCAAGUUGGACGUAGCCGAGAUGAGGAUAUUAGGUGGAUGAGUGGAGUAACCAAACUGGACAGGGUUAGAAAUGAAUAUAUUAGGGGUACAUUGAUGAUCACUGAAGCAUCAAAGAAAGUGGAAGAGGCAAAGUUAAAAUGGUAUGGUCAUAUGAUGAGAAGAGGAGAGUAA